AUGCCACACCUCCCAAUCGUUCAAUGCAAUGCCUCUAUCACGGCCCAAAACAUAAGAAAGCGAAAAAGAGAAACAGCUUUGGAAGAUAUUACUCCAGCUCUAUCAAACAGGCUUGCCUCAUCGGCCCUUCAUGAUACGAGCCCGCAAUUCUGCUUAGACAAUACAGCAUGCUUAGGCGACAGCGCAGGGGUCUUCACGCGCCAGCGAUGUCUCCACAGGAAACGACGAGUCUUCCAGCAGCCACCUGCUUACCAUAAGCCACCGUUCAUAGACGCUCUCCGCCCGUGUCUCCUAAAACAAUCCCCCCGACAUCAUAUCAGCAACCGCAAACACUAUUCGCAUCUGCGUCCUGUCUCCGCCCAUGUCAUAUCUGCCACCGGAGACCGACCACUCGAGAAUAUGUUGACGCCUAUGCAGACUGUGAUCUUUGUGGUGGGAGGAGCUGCUACAUUUGUUUACGGCAUUGUGACUCUGUGGACUGCAGUGGGUUACUCAGGACCCCUACAAGCGGCUGUCAAGAAAGGCCGGACGACGACGAAUGGCAGGCAGAGCGGGCACGAAAAGUUUGCUCUGCCUGUGCGGUCGAAGGUGUCACCGAAUCGGGAAAAGAAGUAA